GGUACUGAGACUCUUGCUUCCAUCAGCGGCCAAUGGUCUAUUCUUGAGCUUGUACGGGCUUCCUGUGGUCAUAGAGUAAGAAAUGCCUCAUACCUAUUAAUAACUUAGCCUCGAUUUCACGCUUCCUGUUAUUCGGGGAAAUUACCAUUGCACUGUUUGGCUUCAACUCAGAUCGAUUCCUCUAGAUCAGAGCACUGUUUUCUUAAAUGAAGCGACAAACAGAAGAUUGGUGAAAUAGAGGAAACAAAUAAAGAGCACAGACUGAACUAUUUUAUCAAAUCCAACGCAGUUGUGACCACAUAGCAACAAUCAAGAUAGACUGAAGCAAGGGUACCUCAGUUUCUUUCCAUUAAUUUUUUUUUCUAAAAAUGGAAUACACAUCAGAUCAGCUGAACUUCUUCAGGCUGUCUUAUAUCGUCUUCGACAUCGUACCUGAAGCUUUACGAGAGAUUUUCAAGCAAGAAUGGGAUGCCUUAUACAAAGGUACGCCUGGUCAGUGGGAUGACACGCCUACCAGUUAUACUGCAUUUUAUAACAUGGAGUCAGCUAAGAAUCAGACAAGAAACAAACGCCUUCUUGGACUGAUGUCCAGUGGAGACAGAAACAACUGGGAUUGUACUUGUCUCUUUUAUGCCAUACUUUACUCAGACAGUGUGAGGCCGACAUUAACACCAGUGGUCAGUAAUAGCGUUGAUGAAAUCCGAGAAAUUCGCAAUGAAAUGGCACACAACAAAACGGGAAAGAUGAGCAAAGCUGAGUUUCAAAAGUCCAUACAAAAGAUCAAGAUAGCGUUCUCAUCUUUAAAGAUUGAUAUCACAAGAAUUGAAGAAAUCGAAAACCAGACGUGUUUCCCUACAGAAGACCUUGCUAGAAUUCAAAAAGAGUUAGAAGACGAAAAGAAGCGCAACGCAGAACCAAACUCUUUUUGUAUAUUGCCUCCGCACCCYUCCCAUGAGACAAUAUACAGAAAGAAAGACGUCGACAGCAUACACGAAGUGAUGCAA